AUGGUAAAAGGAGAUGCUGGAGCAGUUUUGGAGUACUUUCAGAAAAAGAAAGAAGAUAAUUCAUCAUUUUUUUAUUCAAUCCAACAUGAUAAGGACGAUAUGAUCACUAAUAUCUUCUGGGCGGAUGAUCGGUCUAUUAGCGAUUACAAUCUCUUUGGUGAUGUUGUUUGCUUUGACACAACUUAUAAAAAUAAUGAUUAUGAUAGACCGUUUGCUCCAUUUGUCGGGGUGAAUCAUCAUAAGCAAACUGUUGUGUUCGGAGCUGCUCUCUUAUAUGAUGAAACCACUGAGUCUUUUAAGUGGCUUUUUGAGACUUUUCUUGGAGCAAUGUCUGGAAGACAACCAAAAACAAUUCUUACAGACCAGUGUGCAGCAAUGGCGAAUGCAAUAGUGAAGGUGUUUCCAGAAACAAAACAUAGGUUAUGUAUCUGGCAUAUUUACCUAAAUGCUGCAAAGAAUUUGAGCCGUGUAUUUCACGGACCAGGCCAGUUUGCCAUGGAUUUUGGAAAGUGUGUAUAUGACCAUGAGGAAGAAGAAGAUUGGUUAUUGGCAUGGAGUGAUAUGCUCAAUAAGCAUAAGCUGGCAGAGAAUAAAUGGUUGAAGAAUUUGUUUGAGGUGAAAGAAAAAUGGGCAAUGGUAUAUGGCCGACAUACUUUUACAGGCGAUAUGGUGAGUAUACAGUUUAGCGAAAGUAUGAACAGUAUUUUGAAAAGAUACUUGAAGUGCAGUUUUAACUUGUUGACCUUCUUUAAACACUAUGAGAGAGUGUUGGAUGAUAGGCGAUACAAAGAAUUAGUUGCUGACUUCGGUAUGAUGCAUACUUCGCCGGUAUUAGUUGCUUGUGUAGAAAUGUUGUAG